CCCUGGUCUGAGCUCCGCCUUCCUACUAUUAUUCCCACAAGGCAGCAGGAGCAGAGAGCAGCCAUUGCUGUGUCUGGCAGCAGGAGGAGGAAUAUAUAGAGGAACACAGGGGUCUGUACAGGGACGUGAUGAUGGAGAAUCACCGGCCCCUCACAUCACUGGAUGGACCCAGUAACAGAGAUACCCCAGAGAGAUGUCCCUGUCCUCUGUAUUUCCAGGAUUGUAUAGAGGAGAAUCACAGGACCCCACAGGAGGAUCAGAGUGAAGAUCUGACUGUUAUUAAGGUAGAAGAUAUAAAGGAAGAAGAAGAGACGUAUGUAACUGAUAUGAAGGCAGAAGAUAUAGAGAGAGAAGAACAGACUGAUAUAAAGGCAGAAGAUAUAAAGGGAGAAGAAGAGACGUAUGUAACUGAUAUGAAGGCAGAAGAUAUAGAGGGAGAAGAAAAGACGUAUGUGACUGAUAUGAAGGCAGAAGAUAUAGAGGGAGAAGAAGAGACGUAUGUGACUGAUAUAAAGGCAGAAGAUAUAGAGGGAGUAGAAGAGACAUAUGUGACAGAUAUAAAGGCAGAAGAUAUAGGAGAAGAAGAGACGUAUGUGACUGAUGUAAAGGCAGAAGAUAUAGAGGGAGUAGAAGAGACAUAUGUGACAGAUAUAAAGGCAGAUGAUAUAGAAGGAGAAGAAGAGACGUAUGUGACUGAUAUAAAGGCAGAAGAUAUAGAGGGAGAAGAAGAGACGUAUGUGACAGAUAUAAAGGCAGAAGAUAUAGAAGGAGAUGAAGAGACGUAUGUGACUGAUAUGAAUGCAGAAGAUAUAGAGGGAGAAGAAGAGACGUAUGUGACUGAUAUGAAGGCAGAAGAUAUAGAGGGAGAAGAAGAGACGUAUGUGACUGAUAUGAAGGCAGAAGAUAUAGAGGGAGAAGAAGAGACGUAUGUGACUGAUAUAAAGGCAGGAGAUAUAGAGGGAGAAGAAGAGACGUACGUGAGAGGUCAUCAGCAGUGUAAGGAGGAGGAAAUCCCUAGAGGUACCAGCACAGCAGAUGGACUCAAAUGCAUGAAUACACCGAAGGGACAUCUAAUCUUGCCUACAGAUUUUAAAACAGAAGAUUUCAUCACAAAAGAUUCUACAGAAGACAAUACUGUUACCCCAAUUAUCCAUCCAUUUCCUCACAGUGCAGAUUUAUCAACUGAUCCCUCUUCUCAUAAGGAACGUUCUCCUGAUAACUCCAAUAUUGGUGCACAUAGCACAUGUCAUAGAGGUGGUACAAUAUUUUCCUGUUGUGAAUGUGGGAAAUGUUUUACACAAAAAUCAGGUUUUGUUAAACAUCAGACAACUCACAAAGGGAAGAAACGAUUUCCAUGUUCUGAGUGUGGGAAAUGUUUUACAUAUAAAUCAGCUUUUGUUACACAUCAGAGAAGUCACACGGGUGAGAGGCCAUUUCCAUGUGGUGAGUGUGGGAAAAGUUUUGCAAAGAAAUCAAAUCUUGUUAAACAUCAAAAAACUAACACAUGUAUGAAACCAUUUACAUGCUCUGAAUGUGGGAAAUGUUUUACACAGAAGUCACAUCUACUAGUGCAUCAGAUAACUCACACAGGUGAGAAGCUAUUACCUUGUUCUGAGUGUGGAAAACAAUUUAAACACAACUCAAAUCUUGUUAAACAUCAAAGACUUCACACAGGUGAGAAACCAUUUCUGUGUUCUGAGUGUGGGAAAUGUUUUACAGAUAAAUCAAAUCUUGUUAGACAUCAAAGACUUCACACGGGUGAGAAGCCAUUUCCGUGUUCUGAGUGUGGGAAAUGUUUUACAGAUAAAUCAAAUCUUGUUACACAUCAGAGAAGUCACACAGGUGAAAGGCCAUUUCUAUGUUCUGAGUGUGGGAAAUGUUUUAGGCAUAAAUUAGGUCUUGACAUACAUAAGAGAACUCACACAGGGGAGAAGCCAUUUUCAUGCUCUGAGUGUGGGAAAUGUUUUACACUCAAAUCACAUCUUUUACAACAUCAGAGACUUCACACAGGUGAGAAGCCAUUUUCCUGCUCUGAGUGUGGGAAAUGUUUUACACAGCAAUCACAUCUCGCACAACAUCAAAAAACUCACAUAGAUGAAAAGAAAUAUCUGUGAUGUGAUAGACAUGUCAAAGCUAAAGUCAUACAGUAUAUUAAAAUGUUAUUUAAUUAUACAUACGUAAUCACCAAUAUAAUAUCUGUACUGAGUACUCUUGUGGAACUUAUUAAAGUCUCCUUAUUCUAUUAGAUAACAUCAACACUCUCCACUAUAAUAAAAUACUAUACUAAUGGGUUAUAAGUAAUAUAACAAGAUGGCUUCCAUUUGGACACAAAGCUGACAAUUGCAUUUUCUCUUUCAGUAAGGCUUGUGGAACCCUGGUCCAUGCGGAUUACAGAUUGGGCUGAAGUUUGGCACUUAACGACUGUGGGGUCUAUUCAAUUCCUGUCGGAAUUUCUGACAGGUUGAAAAAACUGCACUUUUCGCCAUUUUUAGGGCGAAUUUCGAUUUGCCCUAUUCAAUCUAAGUGCUGUUUUUUCGACUUGUCGGAAAUUCCAACAUGUCGAAAAACAGGAUUCGGAGAAUUCGCCAACCGAUACACCUGUUUUGGCGAAUUUGCAGGCGCUUUCUACAGUUUUUUGUCCCAUUUUCGCCCAUGCCAAUUCGACUUUUAAAAAAGUCAGAUUGGCAUGUCGAAAAUGGGACAAAGGUAGGCGAAAACGCCUGCAAAUUGAAUAAUGAACUGUCGGAUCCUCUCCGUCGGAGAGGAUCCGACAGGAAUUGAAUAGACCCAUGUAACUUUAAAAUGUAAGCUCUUCCCACACUGCAACCCCACCAUGCCAGUGUUCUAUAUGUGUUUCAUGGAGUAGGGCACGUUUUGUGAGGCUGCUAUGUAGUAAUUCUAUUUUUCUUUAUAGUUAGGUGCUGUGUGCUGUUUGUAGCAGUGCACAGUUUGAGUGCAGCGGCUGCAGGUGGCUGUACACAGCUUGUUGAACAGCAGCUGCACUGGGGGAGGGAUUCGCCGCCAACGGGACCCCCGUGUCAGGUCUCUAGGUUUGUCUGUCCCCGGCGGGGGCGCUAGUGGGUCAGUGUUGGUCUGAUGGAUAAAACGUGGAGGCAAUAUAAUAGACUUGCGCAUAGGCGCUGAUGUUUUAUUGUCACUGAGCAGAUUUGGAUAACACAGUAUAAACAGAAAACCGGUAAUGGCAUGACAAUGGUUGAUAACUGGAUUAAAUAGCUGAGGUCUCUUGCAAAUAAAAUGUGAAAUAACAAAACUGAAGGCAGAUGAUAUAACUAAAGUCCAAUAGUACUUGAUAGCACACAGUCUCUGUAUAACGUAAGAUUAAGUAACUUGAAAGGUGAAACUCCGGUAUGUAUAAGAAACACUCAGUCUCUAUUAAGCACACAAGUCCAGAUAGUUUUACUAGGCAUAAGCAGGAAACAGUCUCUAAGCCUUCAAUAGGAAUACUGUAGAAAUGCACAGAUGGAACACAGAUAGCCAGUGUACAAAUGAGAUGGUAAUACGAACACCUGAGGAGAGUCUCUGCUGCUGGUGAUUGUGGCUGGAUGGAAUUGGAGUCCGGAGUAAACAGGAGAGCUGUGAGAAUGAAGACUGGUACAAAUGGAAGUAACCACGGGGAUCGCUGGAAACAGGAACCAGAAGAACUAAGGCACACGGUGUGUGACUUGUUGUCCGAGGCAAUGUGAGAGAGCCACAAGCUGGAAGUUAUACCUCCUGACCAGCAGUGAUUGGACACAAACUGCAGGCGGAGAUACUAACCGGAUUGAACAUCUGAAUCAGCUGCGUGCAGGUGCCAUGGUAACGUCCACACAGGCUGGACAUCGGCACGCCGCAAAACCCACACAGGACCAGACUCAGGAGUACUCAGCAAUGUGUAAUAGAACGCUCGCGGUUACUACACCCACGCAGCUGCAACUGGGGCCAAGACCUCCGGAGGCCCGCACACCAGCGCGCUGGUGAGACGUAGCAGAGCGCCGAUUCCUGACACCCCGCAGCGCUCCAGAGUCUCUGUGCAGACCACCUGGACCCAGGGACAGUGCAAGCCUUCACCCUUUUAGAGGGUGCUGCCCUGCGGCGCUGUCCCGGAUGGUGCUGCCAUCUUGCAGGGUUUUCCUCAGAGUGGCUCACUAAUAGGAGCGUGCCAGAGACGGGCAGCCUGGCUGUAGGGGCAUACUAAGUACUUUCCCCUCACAGGGAUGUAGCACUUCAAGGAGAGUUCAGCCAUGGAGUGGCAGACGGAGCCUACAGCUGCUGGUCUACCCUGCUCAUUCCUGCUGUGCAGCACCGAGAAAUGGAAAGUGAAGCUUGCUCGGCUGGACCCUGCAGGCUGUGAUCGUGGCUGGUGCAAGUCUCUCCUCAGCUUUUCUGAUGGACAAAGCCAAAACCGUCGAAGCAAAAUGCUACUAUGACUUUAUAUUUCACUUGCAGCCAAUGUAGUCUUAAAUGACCACGUGGACAGAUAGACUCUGGAGCAUUGUGCAUGGAUUGUCAGACAGGGUCUAGUGUCACGCAAGUUCUGACAUGAUGAGGUUGCAGGGGGAAGAUCUUACAUUUUAGUUACAUUACUUUUAGUGCCAAACUCCAGCCCAACCUUCAAUUAUAUGGUUCAGUGUCCCACAGCCUGCUUUAGAGAAAAGUAUUCAACAGUAAGUGACCAGAAUUCCUCCUAUUUAUCGUCAUAUUUAAUGAUGAAAGGUGUGAUUUAGUUUAUCUAAUUAAUUCAUCAGGUAUGGUUUCCUGCGGGUAAUUCUUAUUUUUGCUGUCCAUGGGGCCAUGUUUGAUUUAGCAGUGGUUGGACCUGUGUCCAUGGGGGCUACCUAGAUAUACCCCCUUCAGACUGACAGAGCCGGGUCACACCUGGGAAUGUGUUCCUGGACGCCCGGGAAUGACCCCUUUCACACUGGGAUCGACCCAAGACAGCCCCGUUUACACUGAUCCCGGGAAAUCCCUGCAAAUACAUAUGUAUGUCAUUAGAAAUGGACAUUUUUCUGGCUCACAUAGAUGAGGUCACAAUAGGCAAGCAAAGGGAGGGGUAUUGGGUAUUAGAAAAGUCAUCACAUGUUUGGGUAAUUACAUUGUGUUUAUUUUGUUCUAAUAAAUAAUAGCAUCCUU